AUGAAGACUCUCCUAUUUCUAUUCGUCAUUCUAUUCGUUGGAAUUCAAGCUGGAUUGAUCGAUAGUGAGGAGAACCGUCAGUUGUAUUCGAGUUGUGGAAGAAAAACCGGCUACGAACGAAAAAUGAUCCAUGGUGAUUUGGUAAAGAAAGGAGAACAUCCAUGGGCAGUUUCAAUUUAUGUUAGAUACUUGAACAAGACGAUCAACAAAUAUGUGACUCUUCUCGGACCCGGAACUAUGAUUUCCUCAAAACACAUCGUUGCAUUCAACACGGUCAGAAGGAAUGGGACUACUCUGACGAUCAUCGGAUUGGAAGACACUGAUUAUGAAGGAACUUGUGAAGGAAAUCAUUUGGUGCUUCCAGAAGAGCUGUACUCUCGUUACGACUACGACUUCGAACAUUUGAAAAAGUUCAAUGGGAGUCGACAAUUCUCUAAAAAUUCCAUUGUCAAGAUCACCGCAUUGAAUGGAUGCAAAGAAGGUGUCACUCUCGGAAAUUCGAAUCCGUUGAUUCUGGAGAUUUCCUCUCCUCCUACUGUAGUUUACGAGGCUGGAGAACACUUCCCAGUUUGCAUAUCCAAUUCUCCGUAUAAUUGGAAAGACGUCAGUCAGUUCACGGUCUACGGAAUGAAUCAACCAGGAAUGUUGGUCAGUGGAAAGUUCCAACCGGUGGUAUGUGAAUCGGAGGUUCCUUUCUCGUGCGCGACAGCUGUCAAUAAGUAUCAAGGAUUGUGUCAGGGUGAUUUUGGAGGAAGUGCUGUUGCUAAAUUCGACGAUCGCUACAUCAUGCUUGGUCUGUACGCUCGCGGAAACACCAAAUGUAAUGCUGACUCCGAAACAUUGCCGGAAUUCAUGUUUUUGAAUCUUGGAUACUACCGUCAAGAAAUCUGUGAAACGACCGGAGUUUGCGUGGCUCCUCCACCUGCUGACGUUUCGCAUAUCCCUCCGUUCAAUGGAUGGAAUCUUACUACAGUGAUUUACUCCCCAGUUGGUCAAACUACUGCGGAACCCCCACUUGAAACAACUCUCAUCAACUCAGUUGAAACUACAACUACCGAUGAAGAGAUCUCGACGGGCACAACUGAAACUUAUACUACUUCUGUGCCGGAAACUCCUGUCAUGACUACUGAAAAUUCUGAACAUACAACUCUAACCAAUGGGAACACUAAAUACGUAUCGAUUGGAGAGGAUGGAGAAGUCAUCGAAGCAGAGACAUUCGCCCCAAUGAGAAUCAACCUGGCCAAUUGCUCAGACGGAAAUAUCAUCACGGCGGAGAGAAUCGAACCGAUGAAGAUCGGAAAUAAUCAGACGAGAGGAACACGAGUCAGAAACAUCAAUAUUCAUAUCCAUUUGAAUCAAUGA